AUGGAAGAUGGAAUUAUGCAGCUUCAGCCAGGGCGCAGUGUAGGGUUCAUGACCCUCGGAUGCUCCCUACACGAAGUACUGACGACUAUCAAAGCCGAAGUCAAGGCUUUUCCUCGGUUUCAGCUCUACCACGACGAGUUACGACCUAUCUCAUCCCCCGUUCAGGUCGUUCUUCCAGACAACGGUCUGCGACUACAGUUCGACGGCCCUGACCAGCGGCUGCGCCUCAUCGAAGUGCUCGAUUUCGCAAAAGCCAAGUUGGUAUACAAGGAUAUCGAAGUGUAUAAACCUGGUGAAGUAGGCUUCUCAGGGGGCGUGUCAGGACCGAGGUUCCGGCAUGUUUACGACAAGCUUCUGGGACCGACGUAUGGCGGAGAGUACAUACCCCCGAAGUCAGAAGACCCAGAUGCCAGAGGUACCUACAACCUGUCGUAUCCGGGAAUAGCUUUCAACUUUUCGGUUCAGCACUCUGCAUACUCUCCGAAGAAAGACUUCAUCUCGCUUCUGUCCUCGUCGGCUACAGGCCCCGCGACAUCCAUGGCAGUGUUCAAUGGUGAAUCUUGGCAGAAAGCUCGUGGAACACUGUUCACAGCAACACCGCCAAAUCCGAGAUCACUAGCCCUAGGCAAAGCAAAGGACGGUGGGCCAGACGAGAUCGAAGCGGUCAAAGUACACGGAGAAGGUAGGAUAGAGCUUGUCCGGCGGUCUAGUCCCCCGUUCUGGAUUGCUCUUAGCGAAACAACGCCUCAGGAUCUGAUCACGGAGCUUGGCGCUCCUGACUCCAUCUAUCGUAAGAACGACCAUCGGCUAUCUAUACAUAAAGAUCGAAGGACGAGCGACGCAUCAGAUCUCUCGCCCGGUGGGCUUACUCCAGACGAUGACUCAGAUCACGGCUCGGUGAUCAGAAGCGAUAACGAAGAUGCAUGGGAGGAUGAUGACGAAGCUGCACUAGAGGCUCAGGAGCGAGAAGUUGCAGCGGCCGAGCACUUCUACAACUACUAUCACCAUGGCUUUGACAUCUUGAUUUCACAGCCUACUCAGAUCUCUCCGCCCUCUCCUACUGCAGAGAGACGGGAGUCGGAGCUGCACAGCCAAGGCGAGCUUAGCGCGCAACCUCUGAACCAUCUUACUGCAACCAAGAUCAUAUUCCAUGGUAACGUGCCUGGUUCGUAUCAGUUUAAUCGGCAUAGGCGAAGCAGAUGGACGCUCGAGCAUGUGCCCUCAGCCAUGUACCGUGAUCCUCUCAGUUCCGAAAUGGGCUUCGGAGACAUCUCAGGCCGAUUAAAGGAAGUCUUCAAACCAUAUUACGACAACGAAGAGCAGGAGAGGUUACAGCAACGUGGCAUGGCUCUGAACAGAGGCUGGGGUGACAGCCCAGGUAGCAGCUGCGAGCUACUCGGAGGAUGGGAGGAUAGUUCUGGGAAGAAGAGCAAGUUUGCGAAUGCUGGCAGUGUCUUGAUGGAGGGUGCUGCGGAUGUUGGAAACGUAGAACUGUUUGGCUUUCCGGGUAUGGUAUUCGAAGUGUUGAAGAACGGAGCUGUGAGCUCGUUGACCGUAUACUGA